AUGAUAAUCUUAACAACGAAGCUACGCGACAUCAGUAUUUUCCCCAAUCAAGAUCAUCGUCUCAGAUCGUCGUCACGACUUCUCCCGGUCUCUUCGUCGCUCGUCAGUGACAUCGUCCUCGGUCUCGCGGGUCCGGCGCUUCGGUCUCCAGGGGCGCCGCCCCCCGCCGUCGCCCCGCCCUCGGUCUCCAAGAGCAAACACUGGACGCGUCGCCGGGCUGCCUUCUCCGUUGAUCCCGAGUCCGGCACCAUCUACGUGCUUAAGCCGUUGGACCGUGACGCACCAACGGGCCAGGCGCGCUGGCGUCUGACGGUCACGGCCACGGACGGGCAGUACACGGCCUCCACUGACGUACUCGUCAACCUCAAAGACGUCAACGACAACGCACCCGUCUUCCCGCAUGACGUCAUCGACGCACACGUCUUGGAAAACUCCAUGCCAGGAACGACCGUGGCGGUAGUGACUGCGCACGACGCAGACGACCCGCAUGAAGGCGACAACGCCCGCCUGUCGUAUUCGCUGCUGAAGAACGUCAUUGAUGAACGCUCCCGCCUGCCUAUGUUCACAGUUGACAGGCAGACGGGGGCUCUGCGUACGGCCGUCUGCUGUCUAGACAGGGAGCACACGUCGUCUUACGGGCUUGUGCUUGCUGCUACUGACGGAGGAGGUCUUCAAAGUACUUGCACCGUUACCGUAAACAUCGACGACGUCAACGACGUUCCUCCUUCCUUCGUGCGAUCGCACGUCGAUGUCUUGGUCCCUGAACAUCGUCAACCAUCUUUCCAGCGUUCUUCGUCCCUUGGAGCAUCGUCAUCCAACGGAGCAUCGUCAUCCAACGGAGCAUCGUCAUCCAACGGAGCAUCGUCAUCCAACGGGGCAUCGUCAUCCAACGGGGCAUCGUCAUCCAACGGAGCAUCAUCAUCCAACGGAGCAUCGUCAUCCAACGGAGCAUCGUCAUCCAACGGGGCAUCGUCAUCCAACGGAGCAUCGUCAUCUCCCGACGUUUCGUCAUCCGACGGAGUUACCUCGUCUAAAGAAGUCACGUUGCCCAAGGAAGCACUAUCAUCCAGCGCAAUGUUGUCUUCCAACAGAGAAUUUCCCUCCCGCGGCCUUCCAUCGUCCAAAUCUCGCAGCAACGUCUCUGAAAAUUUCAUCUCGACUCUCGUGGUGACGGAUCCUGAUACAAGCAACGUGUUUGCAUACCGGGUGGUGCCCGGGAGCGGCCACGGCUGGCAGCUGGUGGAAGUGGCAGCAAGCACAGCUGGUGCAGACCUGUUCUCUAGAGUGCCGCUGGAUUUUGAGAACCCACAGCACAGAGCGGGACUCAACUUUAGAGUGCAGGUCACCGAUCAGGGCGACAUGCCGUGGAGCUCGCACCCCCGCGUGUCGGAAACAUUCAGUAAUUCAUUUGGUCAGGGGGCGAGCGGGCUGGUGACGUACGGCAUAUUCGCGGAGAGCGACCCAGGGGGCGUGUUUAGGGUGAGCGACGGAGGGACCGUCACCCUGAACAGGGGACUGGACAGGGAGAGCCACCCCCUACACCUGCUCAGGGUGCUUGCCUGGGACAGCGGCAGCCCUCCACUCACGGCCACCGCCACCCUCACGGUGAACGUCGACGACGUGAACGACAACCCUCCCUUCCUGCUGGGGGGGUCCAGAGUGCAGCUCCCCCCCAUGGCAGGGGGCAGCGAUGGUGGAGGGCUGGGGUUGCCUGCAGGGUCAAGGGUUCCCUUCACCUUAACCCUAGACGACCCUGACGACUGGUCUCAGGGUCAUGGCCCGCCCUUUCAUCUCGACCCUCAUCUCACGGCUGAUGCUGGGUACAGGGUUAGCUUCUACCCGGGACGAGCGUCUGCUGGUGGAGGGGUUGUGGUGGCAGCUGAACUGCUGACACUGAGGCCACUCAGUGCAGCUGUGUCAGUGCCACUGACAUUGUCAGACGCUGGUUCACCGCCUAUGCGACGGCAGAUGACGCUGACUCUGGUGCCUCACUCAGCUGAGUCAGCUCAUCGAGACGUCAGCCUCGUUAAGAUUGCCACCGUCGUGUCAGCUCACGCGGCCCCUCCAGCUCCCCUCGGGCGUCUCCCUCGCCUGCCCUUCCCUGGCGACUCAACGCAACGCCACGGAACCGACACUGAAACGGAUAAUGUAUCCUCACUAUUCAGGGAUAAAUUCAGGUUCAACUUCGAUGAACCUGACCCUGUGACUGGGAAAUCCUUGGAUAAUUAUAGCCGUGGAUUAGAUAAAUUCAGCGCUCGAAUUACAUGGCAGGGAUCUAAUUCAGGAAUCCGCCUGGAUAGCGACUCAGGAUUGUUGCUGCUGGAUCCUGCAGCUGGGCUGGGACGGCAUGAAGCGAAGCUGCUUCUCUCGUCAGCGUCGGGCGAAGCGCACGAGCUGACUGUUUACGCUGACGUCAGCAGCGUCGGAGUUGCUGACGCGCUGAAAUCUACACCAAUCGACCUCGCCAUCCUGCCUCACGAGCUCCUGACGAGUGCUGACGCUGAGGAACCAAACUCAGAAUCUCCUAUGGACCGUCUCAUUAGGCUGCUGAAUCAGCAUCUUGCUGACUACUCAGAAUUAUCAAGGACAGACUCCACAAAGUCGCACGAUAUGUCAGCCAUUCAGCCACACGUCAUGGUUGUGGCUGUAGAAACCAUACGGCGCAACCAUGACAGCCACACCAGAGUGUGGCUCCUUCAACAGUCACCUGAAAGACACCUCAGAUUUGCCCUUGAGCCUCUAAUAUUCCAGCAUCAACACGAGAUCGAGGCCGAAGUCGGUGCGGCUGUGUUGGACGCGGGCGUUUCGGCGCUGGGCGACUGCGCGUCUCGACGAGUUGCGUGCCGCUGUUGCUGCCGCGACCGCGCGGCGCUGGACCAGCGCUGGCACCUCGCGGAUGCCGGCGCUCGCAGCCACGCCGGGCCUUCCCUGCGUAUAGAAUCUUCGUGCAGAAAUAUUCAGCCUCAAUCUGGUGCCCCCUCUUCUCUCUCCGCCGUCACAAACACACAGUUCGUUCAGGACUCUGCUCUGACGCUCGCCACUGGCUGUCUCAAAAUGGCCUCCAUUGACCGCCUCCACACUGAGACAGUGUUGCCGGAGCAUUUGCAGCGGGUGCGCAUCCAGCUGCAGAUCGGCAGCAGCCACGGAACACAAGAGCGGCUGGGACGCGGGACCAGAAGUGAGUCCAGUAGUCACGCGGGACCAGAAGCGAGUCCAGAAGUCACGCGGGACCAGAAGCGAGCAGUCCAGGAGUCGCGUGGGACCAGAAGUGAGUCCAGGAGUCGCGUGGGACCAGAA